AGGUGAAGGGCAGGAGGUGGAGGAGCGAGGAGUCUACCCGCUGGUCCGGUCCGCUCCUAAUUAGUAUUGGAGGCAUGACCACUGCCUGCCGCCGCCGCCGCCUAGCCCACCCCGCCGCCUAGCCCCACGGAGGGACGACCCGCCACCACACAUCUUCGCUCACUGCUGUGUUAGUCUAGGUGGGUGUUGUCGUGGCCGCCACCACCACCACCCCACGCCUGCUAGUGGCAGCCGCUCCUGCUGGUGUCCGGCUAGUGCACGGAGGAGGGACGCUCUACAACAGAACAUGACGAACCUCAGUGAGUGUUGUGGUGGCCCGGGGCCGGCCUGACCACCUCCACCACCGGCCACCACCGCUGUUUAUGGGCCUGCAUAGCUCCGCCAUUUAUGUAACUCACCUUAACGGGGUCCACGUAAGCCCCCAUACAACCACCACCUUAGUUAACACCGAGGCGACUACGGUGAUAACGGAGUAGUGUACAGUGACGGCUCACGCUAGUGCUGGAGGAAUAAUGACUUAGUAAGAGUGAGUGUAGGAGUGUAAGAGUGAAUAUUGGAAGAUCAGGUGUUGGCGAGGGUCACCGUUCUCCGCUUGCACACACUCAUCAGCUGGCGCUACGGACGCGCCGGGUGCUGGCGACAGUGGAGCUUGGCCUAGCGUCGCCUCGCACCUUUACGCACUAUGUCGUGAGUGAAGUGUUAGAGAAGAGGGGCAGGGGCAGGGGGAGGGGCGAGGGAGAGGGGCCGUGAGGGGCGAGGAGAGGUGAUCCCGUCACGUGGGGGCCGCGUAUUGACUCACUCGCCUCCGUGACGAAUCAACAUCCAGCGGCUCCCGGGCCCAAGUGCGUCCUAGCCGGCGCGCACGCUACUCACACCGACUUGUUUUUAUGGCUUUUGGAGAAGUAGCCGCGUGUGUUUUCCCCAUUUCUCCGUCAUCAUGUGCAGUGUUUCGUGUCGUGGCAAGCGUGAUUCGUGAAGCCGGACGCGAUCUAGUGCGGAAAUGGGCAGGCUUGGCCGAGGUGGGUGUAGCCCGCUAGAACGAUCUGUUAUAAAUUUCCCGUCACGUUCCUAGUCGUGCGUGUGACCGUGACACAUUCUACAGUACACUCACGCACGCGCGCCCGCCCGAGCCAGUUGUGUGCUUGGCGUGGGCCGGUGCGAAUAUGACAGAGGUCGUGGACAAGACGUUUAUCGAAAGGUUGAUCCUCGAGCAUUCCGACCGCUUGGAGCUGGAGAUCAACCAAAAAGCGCGCGCUGAUGCUUGGAAAUUCUAUUAUCGUGUGAGAGUGGACCAUGUGAUCCGGCCGUUCGCCGUGUGUAAGGUAUGUUACCGGGUGCUGCACUGCGACUCCCGCAGCGGCACCGCCAGCCUCCUGCGCCAUCCCUGCAACCCCCUCUCAGAGAGGUCCCCGGUCAACCGUGCCGUCAAGCUCUCGGCCAAGCUUAACCUGCCGGUGGACACGGCGGCGGCGGCGGCCGGCCUCAAGACCCCCGCCGACAAGGGUGACACAUUCUUGUUGAGUGACAACAACAGUGUGAAGGAGGAGGCGAUCUCCAUCAAGCAUGAGGAGGUGCCAGUGUACAGUGAUGGCGGGAGUGCCCGGUCCUCGCCCGUGUCCCUCACCACCACGGCCUCCCGCUCCUCGCCCACCAGCACGGGCUCGCCGCCCACCGCCGCCCAGCCCACCACCACCCUCACCGCCUCCCACGGGAGCCGCAAGCGGAAGGCCGGCGCCCCUCCACCCUCCUUCCCCAUAGACCUGAGGUUCCUGCAGAUACCGCAGCUGGUGGCGGCAGCUGCGGCUCACCCCCUCACGGCGCUCAACCUCGCCAACGCCACCGGGCUGUUCGCCGACCCUCAGCGCCUGCAGCAGCUACAGCAGCAGCUGCACCACAACCACCUGGAACACCUGCACAGACAGCAGCAGCAGCACCAGCGCGAGAGAGAGGAGCAGGAGGCUAAGAGGGCGCGGGUGGAGGUGGUGGUGCGGGAGGCGAGGGCGCGCAGCCCCGCUAGCCCCGGCGAGGCCAGCAGCUCCUGCUGGGGCCGCGCCAAGGUGAAGAAGGAGCGCGCGGACACUAGUGACGGGGGCGCGGUGCCCGAGGACCUGCGAGGGUCGGCGUCCCCCAGCAGGUACGGCGGGCGCGGGCGCGGCCAGGACGAGGGCGUGGAGGAGGGCGGCGGGGAGCUGAGCAAGGAGGCGGUGCAGCAGCUGGUGAGCUGCGGCUCCUCCCGCAUCACCCUCUCCGAGAAGGACGCUGGAGGGUCGCACUACAUCUCUGACGUGUGGUCGAGGUUCUCGGUGGUGGUGGUGGACGGCGUGGUGAGGCAGUACGCCGCCUGCAAGCACUGCCUCAAGGUGGUCACCUACACCAAGUACAGCGGCACCGGCGGCCUCCUCAGGCACAGGUGCUCCGCCACCGACCUCAACUCCCGCCCGCACCACCAUGUGCUUCCUCCUCCAGAAGUUGACCCGCGGCUGGGUGACUCUCCGCCGCCCACGGUGCGCGCCCACUCCCCGGCGCCCGCCCACGCCGCCCAGCCGGGCUCGCCUCAAGGGUCACCGCUCAGCCUCACACUCAAGAUCGAGAGCGAUGGUCCACGAUCUCUGUCCGAGGAAGCACCGCUGGCGCCCACAGCAGCCAUGGCGGGCGUGGCGCGGGCGUUACUCCGCUACAUGUGUCAGGACCUGGUGGCCGCCUCUGCCCUCGACACCUCUGCUUUCCAAAGGUUAGUGUGGACAGUUUUAAACCUUGGAGCGGCGCACGGGACCUUCAGGGAGGAGGAGCCGCUGCCCUCCGCCAGGCAGCUGCUGAACACCUUCCUCAGCCCCAUGGCCGGCGACUCCCGCUCCGUCAUCGCCAGGGCCGUGCUCGACCAGCCCAACCUCUGCCUCUCCCUGCACCAGGACCGCGAACUCAACCUCCUCACCGGUGCCAUACACUUUAUUACUCCAAAGUUUGAGUUGCGGAGCUACGCCUUGGGCGCGCACCGCCUGGGGGAGCAGGAGACGGAGGAGGAGGCGGUGACGGCGCUCCUCGCUAACUUCUUCAGCGACGUGUUGGUGCCGGCAGCCAUGAGAGACAAGCACGUGACGGUGGUCAGCGACCAGGGCAGCCCCGCCGAGCCUGGUGUGGUGGGCGUGCGCUGUGUCUGGCACGCCACGGAGGCCGUGCUCGAGGGCCUCGCAGACGAGCCGUCUUACAGACAGAUCUGUGACGACGUGGCGUCUGUUCUGUCCUUCCUGGCCGACUCUGGCGUGGCCAGCGUGACGGGCUGUGGCCUGAAGCCCCACGAGGUGCGUCGCUGGGACGCCCUGCUGCACGCCCUCACCUUCAUCACGGCACACCACGACGAGCUGUGUGUGGUGAUGGCGGGCUGUGAGGCAGGCGGCUCCUUGUUAGGCGAGCGCCUCAACUACCAGGAAGUGGCCGAGCUCCUGACGGGUGUGAGGCGCUGCCUCCUGACGGUGCGCGACCCUCUGCGCCCCACCCUCAACCAAGCUGUGUUGUGUCGAGCAAAACUGCUGCAGCUGUGCGCCUCGCCAGCCAGCUCGCCGCCCCUACAGCAGUUGAAGCAGCACCUGGCUACCAGCCUCACCGAGGCCCUCUCACUCACGCCGCUCCACCACGUCGCCAGCUUCCUAGACCCAAGAUGCAAGAGUUUAAAGGUCCUGAGUGAGGCGGAGAAGUCCGAGGUCCAUCGUCACGUGCUGGAGAUGAUGAAGUCGGUGUCGGUGACGGAGGCCAACUCUGGGGUGCUGAACCUGAAGACCACGCGCCACUCCUACAGCAGUGGUGGCCACUCUCCCACGGAGGCCCAGGCGGCCCCGGCGCGCGAGGUGCACCCCUUCAGGGAGUACAUGGACAACCCCGCCCCAGACACCUCCGUCUCCGACAGCGAGGAGAUCAUGGCCUAUGUCAACAUGAAGGUGCACCUAGACGACGACGACAUCUUGGGGUGGUGGUCGGGCACCUCAGCUUCGGGACUCUCCACUCUGCGACUCUUGGCCAGAAAGAUCCUGGCCGUUCCUGCCACUUGCGCUUAUGCCCACGACUUGUGUGUUCAUGCUCGCCAAGCCCGUCAGCACAUGGGUUUGGUGGAUGAGUUUCACCUCAAUAAUGUUCUCCAUAUGAAGUACAACAUGAAUUAGAUUCUUUUGUAGUUGAUGAUUAUGAUAUGGUUGCCAAAAUGUGUUAUUACUUAUAUUCUUUAUUUAUUCUAAACCGUAAUAGAAUGUACUGUACUUAGAAAUGAAUUUUUUCUCCAAGAUUCCAGUUUAGCAAUUCUACAUAAUUGCCUCAACAAAACUUUACACAAAAAAUUAUAUUUGACAAAUGAAGUCCCAAUAUAUAGACAGGUACUGUACCAGUAUUACCAUACACAAGUUUAAAGUGAUGCACUCAAAUAUUUUAUACUAGUUAAUAAUGAUAGUACUGUAGUAUAAGAGUGCUAUAUGGGAAGAUUGAAGACAAUUAAGCCAUCUUAUAGUACAGACUUAAUAUAUCAUCUGGGGUGCACCAGUAUUUGACAGUGACAUGGGGUCAACCACAUUAUGCCCUUGUUAUAUAUAUGUUUAUUUAUUCCUUUUAGAAGUUUGUUACACUUGGCUUGGAAGCAAAUCCGACAUCACCAUUUGCAUUCGGUCAGUCAGGGUACUGCACUGACAACGCUCAACUACAUUAUGAUUUUAUUAUCAAGGUAGCUGUUUAAUUAGGUUGUGACUUGGUUGCUGUAAUUGAAUUAUAUGGAUGUGGUUAUGGCUGACAUCCCUCAUGUGAAGUGUAAAAUAAGUAUUUAUUAUUUAAUAAUUUUUGCAUAGUUUAAUCCUUAUUAAAGAUUUUUCUUUUAAUUGUGGAUCUAGGUUACACAGUCAUCCUUCCAACAGUUAGCAAAGUAUGCUUAAUAUCGUGGUGCUCAUUUUUGCAAAGACAACUAUAGAGCCGCUCAAAGAUGGGAAAGCUUUUGUUUUAAUCAACACUCUCCUGGCAGACAAGGCCUCUUGAAGCUCAAAUAUGACAAUAGCAAUUUUAUAACAGCCAAUCAUCUAUACAAUGUUGUAUAGCCCUUUCCACAUUUUAAAGUCAUUACUUAAUGAUACAUUUUUCUUAUGCCGACAAUGAGUCACAGUAACGUGGCUGAAGAUACGAUGACCAAACCACACACCAGAAGGUGAAGAAAUGAUGUUGUCUCGCUCCGUUCUGGAUCAUUAUCAAGUUGUAUGCGUGAUAAAGGUCCAGGACGGACCGAAACAUCAUCGUUUCUUCAUCCUCUGGUGUGUGGUUUGGUCAUCAAUACAUUUUUCUUGCAAUAGUUUUGUUUACUCCUGGCUGUCCACAUGUAUUUGGGAGUUUUGCGUGUCAUUUCUGAGCUGAGGAAUUCAUGUGGAUGUGAUUACUACUCUUAUUUGGUGCCAUUUUUUGAUAUAAGGUAAUCAUGGUGCCAAUUUCAGCUGUUUGGUAAAAGACUCAUUUAUUGUAGGAUUAGGACUGGAAGUUUUCAGUUUAUCUUCCUUGAGAUAGCAAAUCAUCAAUUAUUGAAUAUCAUAUCUAGGUGCAUCUUCAGAUGUAUCACUAACAAAGUAUGUUAUACUGUAGCUAUAAAAAUUAUUGUCUGUUACCCUAUUUUGGAAGGUUCUGACCUACAGUAAUGAGGUCUUUUGAGUAUGUAUUAUAAUGUAAUGCAAACAAUAUUUAAGGCCUUAUUAAAGUGCAAAUUAUGCCAUUAAAUAUAUCGCUUUCAAUAUUGUGUUCAGAACUAUUUUGACAAGACAGGAUUACUCUAUGUAUUUGACAACUGUCAUAUGACUUUAUUUACUGGGUAGUAUGAAGGACAUUCAUUGUUCAAAUUAUUUUUAGAGUGUCCUUUGCUUAAUUAUAAAUUUAUUUUAAUGAUAAUCAGAGUAUUCUACUGUUCAGCUUUAUACUCUUAAGUCUGUGACUACACAUUUUGUCAUGACGGCAUUGUUGUAAUUUAUGCAUAAGCUGAUUUACCUGGUUUUGCCAAUAUUGUCAGUGUGAAUUUGUUUUUAAUAUUUGACAACUCAGGCAAAGAACUAUUUCUCAGUGUAGAAUAUAGAUGUAGAAGUUAUUAGAAAUACAAAGAAAUUGAUUAACCUCAAAUAAAAUGAAACGGUGGCUCAAUAUUUUAUGCCAUAUAUUCUGAGAGGGCAUCACAUUGGCUCAUAUUUUUAUCAAAGAUGAUAUGUCAAAGAUUUUUUCACCUUAUUUUGCUCAAUUCAGUUGUUACUCCUGCCUGUCAUUUGAGAGCAAGAAGGUUGUGCCAAAGACUUGCGUGUGUGCUCAAUAUUGCGAUAGUUUGGGUUCGUGUUUCCCUGAUGUUAUAUCUGCCAUUGUUAUUUACAUCACGUGGGGAGUAGGACUGUUGGCAUGUAUAGGUAGUUUUAGUUAAAUUUUCUCAUUUACUGGUGUAUCUAUUCAUAAAAUUUUGUAUUAUCCUGUGUCAAAGACAGUCAAAAGAAUUGUUUGGGGCAUGAUUCAUAUUUUGGUAUGUAAUCAUAAUAUUUGUGUGUUGGACGAUACUCAAGAAAACUGUUCUUCCGUACAUUGAUGUCACUCCAGGUUGUUAUGGGUGUUGUAUGUUUAAUUAUUAUUUUUUGUUUCUGUUAUUGUAUUCCUAUUUUGGUACUCACAAACUUGUAAUUAUAUGCUCUUCCUUCUGACAUAAGCAGUUCAAUCUUGUAGUGUAGAAAUUUGACUUGUGAAUGUUUAUAAAGUUUUACAGACAUGUGCCAAACCAGUGAAACACAUGUUCAGUGUUUUCAUACGGAGCUUUUUCUGUGUUAUAAAUAUGUGUAUGCAUUUUUAUUUGUGCAAAUCUCUUUAUUGUGUAUAGUAUCUCAAAGGUUGUAUAAAAGACUAUUAUAAACCUUAUAAAUGCAUACCAUAUAUCGUUGACUUCAGUACUCCUCAAACUAAACAGAGUACAUUGUACAUCUAUACUCUCUGGAGACCUCUAUGACCUCUGCUUGCAGUUUUCUCAUGAUAUACAUUUAAACACAAUGUAUAAGCCAUUAGUAUAUCCAUAAUUUGACUAAAUUAAAAAAAUCCAAUAUUUUUUGGAUAAACUUCUUGAUAAACGCUCAAAAUCAGACACUAUAUAGAAUAGAUUUUAAAAAUUUGUUGCAAUUUCCUUAUGUUCCUUUAAAUAGCUUGAAAAAAAUACUUUAUUUUGUUGAAUUUUACAUGAAAUAUAUUCAUUUUAGUUUGAAUAGUAUAUAUGUUGCAAUUUGAGCUCCUCAUUUUCUCACUUAAGAUUUUCUAGUGUUUCAUCUUCGGUGAAUCAUUGACUAUUCAAGAAUGUUAUGGGAUAUUAAUGAUUACUUGCAACUUUUGCAUUCCAUGCUUCCAGCACUGGUAAUAGUGGUUCCUAAGAGACCAUCAACAAGAAACUUCGACUCUUCAAACUCUUCCCUCAAGUUUGGGCUUCUGGCUUGUAUUCAAGUAUAUUUUUAACUACUUUGCCUUGCAUGGCAAAGCUGAGCCUAUAACUUGUGUUGGAGGGGUUUAAUGAGCCAUAUAUGGUAUGUGCAACACUGAUAUUGUCAGUAUAAUUUUGCGGCGAGAUGAAUUUCCACACAGCAUUAAAUAACUUUUAUUGUAUUUGAUGGAACUUUGUAAAAUCUGAGGUUGUUUCAAUGCUGAUUACAUUUGUGUGAUUUAAUUUUAUAUGUAAUAUAUCAAAAUAUUUAAUGGUAUUUUACUUCUCAAUCCAAACUGUUCUUGGUACAAGCUGAUAAUAUCAUUGUUUUAGAGCUGUUCUAAAUUUCAAAAUGCAUGAAUUGCCAAUUUGUUUUGCUUUGUUUUCACAAAUGAAGGUAGUGCAAUGCCUUCCACAUUGAUUAGUUAUAAAUGAAAAUCAAAUAUCAAAUCAAAGAUGUUUUACAAAUAAACAAAACAGUUUUCUUCUGUGAGUACAGAUUGUGCUGUAAUUCACAUACUUGUACCAAGGUCGGGGAUAAGCAAGGCCUUAUAUACUGUAUUAAUCAUGAAAUAUUCCUCUAUACAUUGCCGAGGAAUCUUUUCUUGGAAACAUCUAUGCAAUUCUCAUUUUCCUCUUUUUCAGUAGCCUAUUUAUUAUACAAAAAAGUAAACGGCAGUUUCUGUGUUAAAACAGGAAAAAUGAUUUUAGUUUAAAUUACUGUAUAAUUAAAAGUAAUGAUAAUACAGUUUAACAUAUAAGCAGUUACUGGAUGUUAAAUGAGAGGUUUGUUGCUUUCUAUCUUGACUACUGCUGUAGCCUGUCUGUGGGUGGUGUCAGUCGACUCGGCGUCACCCGGCGCUGAAGUGAUGUUCGACUCUAAGAUUUCAUUUUCUCAAGAAUUCCCUAAGUUAUGUUUAUCAUUCAUGCCAUUCCAUCUGCCACUUGUGUGGCAUAUUAUAUGCAUAAUUUGUAUAUAUGUGUGUCUCAUUAUUAUAGUCUUUGUUUAUGCUUCCCUAUGUGUUGUCUAGAGAGGGGAAGCAAGUACCGGAAUUAAGCAUUCUGUAUUACAUAUUUAUAAUGAUUCUCCUGAUAGUUAAACCUUUGAGUUUACAUAUCUGCCAUAAAGUGGUAUUGACCCGAGUUUGAUAUGCUAGUACUGUAAUGAAGGUUUUAAACUUGCUCAAAUUAUGUUGAUACUGGAUCAUCUAGAGUGUAACAUGCUAGAGUACAGCUUGAAUAUGUACUAGUGUGUGUGUGUGUGUGUGUGUGUGUGUGUGUGUGUGUGUGUGUGUGUGUGUGUGUGUGUGUGUGUGUGUGUGUGUGUGUGUGUGUGUGACCUGGAUUUUGAGGGAGGAGGGUAUCCAUCAGUAUCUCUUAGGCUCUCAGGUAUGCCAGUCAGACUUUUAGGUAAGCUUCUGGCUGCUGGUAUUUAGGAUUGUCAGGGUUCAUAAAUUAGCAGAAAAUGUUAAAAUAAGUGUCAUAAUAUUCAUUGGCUGGCCAUUACAAAUAAUUAAACCUUUAUUAUCUCAUCUCGUAUAUACGUAAUCUUCCCCUCUCUGUACUCAUCCUUGUCCCUUUUCUCAUUUUCAGAACUAUAAAAUUCUUCAAUAUUAAUUAUCUUAUAAUGCAGUGACACCACUGUUCAGUGUUGUUGUUAUCAUAUGUUUUUCUUGUUUCAUAAUUCAGUAAAUUUCCUUUUUUUACCUACAUUGUAACAGUUCAUUAUCAUGAAGGAUUAUAUCUAGCAUUCCAUUAUAUUUUUGCUUCUAAUCUGUUGUAUUUUGCUGCUCCCUUUUUGCAUAUACUUUAGUGUGAGGUUGUGGAUGGGUAAAUAACUAACUUAUCUAACGUUGUGUGCCAUAACUUUGUAAAAGACAUUAUUAUUUUUUAUACUAAACUUUUCAACAAAUAAAAUUUUGCAUUUUUCUCAA